AUGGAGCACAGUAACCAUAACGGAGACACCCAGUCAGGACCGACUUCCUCCAUGAACGGAAUUCGGAGAAACCAGAAUCGAUCAGUUCGAGUGAGCUUUGGACCAACACCAGACUCCGUUAUCCCGGCACGCGACCACUCGUCCACACCAUUGAACGGCCACCAUCGGUCACUUACCGAAGUAGAGUCUCAGGAAUCACCAUCAGCGCAACUAGCGCCUCGAUCUGACGGUUCACCCAAUGAUAGCAAUGGUGUUGCAACAACAGAAACACUAACUCCUCCGAGUCAUCCUUCCAUAGGUGGUCGGCCAGCUCCGCUCCAACGUGCAAAGAGUGACAACGGACCUAGGUCAGUGGUCAGCGGUCAAGCCACUACCAAUGAGGAGGAUGACUUUGCAAUGAGACAUGGAUGGCAGGAAGAGUAUACAUCGACCGAAUAUUUGAAACUACUCCAUUCCAAUUUUUAUAUGUAUUUUACCGAGAAACGACAUGAAACAAGCGGUGUUCCACGAGAGCCAGCUGGAAACUGGGCGAUACAAGAAUGGCGUAUGCGGGAUCGAUUAAAGACAGUGUCUGCAGCACUAGCAAUCUGUUUGAAUAUCGGUGUCGAUCCUCCGGAUGUUGUGAAGACGAACCCUUCCGCCAAACUAGAAUGCUGGGUAGACCCUACAUCUACGACGGGCGGACAGAAUAAGAUGAUGGAGCAGAUUGGGAAGAAACUGCAGGAGCAAUACGAGAAUCUCAGCUUGAGAACGAGGUACAAACAAUACUUGGACCCAUCCGUGGACGAGACCAAGAAGUUCUGUAUCUCCCUCCGUCGAAACGCCAAAGACGAGAGGGUCCUCUUUCAUUACAACGGCCAUGGUGUUCCGCUGCCCACCCAGUCCGGAGAAAUCUGGGUCUUUAAUAAGAAUUACACACAAUACAUUCCAGUCUCGCUAUACGAUCUCCAAUCUUGGCUUGCAGGACCAAGUUUAUUUGUUUUUGAUGUGUCUCAUGCAGGGAAUAUUAUACAUAAUUUCCACAGCUUUGUUGAGAAGCAUGAGAGAGAGAAUCUGGAAGCCAAGAAGAGGGAUCCUAAUGCUCCUAUUCAGAACUAUGGCGACUGCAUCUUGCUGGCCGCUUGCCAGAAGUCUGAAACUCUCCCAACGAACCCCGAUCUUCCCGCAGACCUCUUUACUUGUUGUCUCACUACGCCAAUUGAGAUUGCACUACGAUAUUUCAUCCUACAGAAUCCCCUCAAUAUCAACCUCAAAUUGGAAGAAUUCAAGAUUCCCGGACGUUUGCAGGAUCGAAGAAGUCCUCUGGGUGAAUUAAAUUGGAUCUUCACCGCCAUCACCGACACCAUUGCAUGGAAUACUUUACCCCGUCCUCUAUUCAAGAAGCUAUUUAGGCAAGAUCUGAUGGUUGCAGCUCUUUUCAGAAACUUCCUAUUGUCCGAACGCAUUAUGCGGACUUACCAAUGCUAUCCCAUGUCGUCGCCCAAGCUACCGGAAACUCAUAACCAUCCGCUCUGGCAAAGUUGGGAUCUCGCAAUCGAAAUGGUUCUUAGCCAGCUUUCAGCCUUGGUUGACAACGAGGAGGGCCGAAGACCGUACGAAUAUCAACAUUCUACUUUCUUUGCUGAGCAAUUGACGGCAUUUGAGGUCUAUCUAUCCUCUGGGCCGACGGAGAAGAAUCCUCCAGAUCAGUUGCCUAUUGUUUUGCAGGUGCUGCUAAGUCAAGCUCACCGGUUAAGGGCUCUGAUCCUUCUAAGCAAAUUCCUUGACUUGGGACCAUGGGCAGUUCAUCUGGCCCUCAGCAUUGGUAUUUUCCCCUAUGUGGUCAAGCUGCUACAAUCAGCAGCUCAGGAACUGAAGCCCGUUAUGGUCUUUAUUUGGGCUCGAAUCAUGGCUGUGGAUUACUCUGUGCAAAAUGACCUUUUGAAAGACAAUGGUAUUCAUUAUUUCAUCACUAUCUUGAACCCCACAUCGCCCAUUCCAGUCGGCAAUGCUAGCGAACACCGAGCAAUGUGCGCUUUCAUAGUCUCGAUAUUCUGCAAGAAUUAUCCCCAAGGUCAGAAUGUCUGCCUUUCCGCAGAGCUUUUUGACUCCUGCUUGAACCAUCUUAUGGAUGUGGAGAACCCGCUGCUCCGGCAAUGGUCUUGCCUAUGUUUGAGUAUGCUUUGGGUGGAUUUCCCAGACGCAAAGUGGAUGGGUAUUCGUUACGCUGCACCUCAAAGAUUGUGUGAGCUGUCUCUAGAUCCAGUUCCCGAGGUGCGCGCCGCGAUGCUGCAUGCACUCACCAAUUUCUUGGGCAUUCCUGACUUGACGGAUCAAGUCGCUAAGAUUGAGGAGGUUAUUGCCAUGGCAAUUCUUCCAAUGGCAGCCGACGGCAGUGUUUUAGUAAGAAAGGAGCUUCUGGUCUUUUUCUCCACCUUGGUUAAGCGAUACGAGAACAAGUUCCUAGUUGCCGCAUAUGAAGAGCUUAUAGAGGAGAAAAAUUCAUUGCUUCAUCGGGCACAGAAAGAAUCUCACCAACUUGCACUAUUUGGGGAGCGUAUCGACGGCUCUGAUGAAAAGUCACAUUCUCUGUCCCAUAACACGACUUUUGGGACGAUAUGGAAACAGCUGUUGAUUCUGUCUGUGGACCCACAUCCGGAAAUUGCUCAAGAUGGUAGCACCGUCGUUGACUACAUUCACUUCGCUCUGUUACAGUCCCCCAUGGCUGCGAUGGCUAGCAAGGCCCGCGACGAAAUCGUGGAUAUCGCAACUCGUCUUGACCUGAACAAGCCACAGCUAGCAGAGCCCGUAGAGUUUCAGACGGCGCAUCCCGGGCCCCCUCCCACUCAACCUCAAUCUAAGAACGAAGGCUAUUUCUCCCUGAGUAUGAGACGGACAGCCAGUGUCGCAGCAUCACUUAAAAAUCUUGCCUUUGGUCCAUCCACGUCAACUGACCAAGAACCUCUAUCCCCCACUUCGUCUCAACAAAAAGCAUCGCCUACCAAGAGCAGGCCACCCAUCACUCCCCGCGGACGGGCCCCACCUGAAUGGACUCGCCCUCCUGAGGUAAACGAUCAUGUAGCUCCGGCCACAGCAUAUCAUCAGGCGCCAGCACCUCUUCCCAGGGGCUUUGAGCCGAAAGAUCUCAGCGUUCCUCCAUCAAUACCACUAACAAGUCGUUUCUUGGAUUGGUCUACAGAGUACUUCCGCGAGCCGCAAAUGAAACCCAAUGAGCCUGACGAACCAGGCAGUGCCGACUACAAUGAGCGUCUUUGGCGUAGGAGUCGGAAUGAAAGAAUCAUAGCCGAAACGCAGCCUCUUAAAGAGAAAGCCGGCAGCAGUCGCUGGCAUGCUUCAACAGUAUUGUUGACAAAUGACAGCCAACCAAUGAAGAUGUCGUUUCACCAAUUCGAGGAUCAUCUCGCUGUUGGUGAUGACCGUGAUACCAUUUCUAUAUGGGAUUGGCACCAAAACAAAUGCCUUAACCGAUUUUCCAACGGCAAUCCUCCUGGAUCAAAGAUUAACGAGAUUCGAUAUAUCAACGAAGACGAUCAGGCACUGCUGAUGACUGGUUCUUCGGACGGUGUCUUGAAGGUUUACCGGAAUUAUGAGACACGCAAGAAGAUCGAAAUUGUUACUGCAUUUCGAGCCCUACCGGAACUCAUACCAAGUAACAGAAAUGCAGGCUUGGUAUUUGACUGGCAACAAGGUCAAGGUAAGGCUCUGGUUGCAGGUGAUGUCAAAGUCAUUAGAGUGUGGAACGCUGCCACGGAAGUCUGCACCAAUGACAUCUCGGCACGUUCUGGAUCGUGCAUCACCUCUUUGACAUCCGACCAGGUUGCCGGAAAUAUCUUCAUUGCAGGAUUUGGAGAUGGUGCCAUUCGUGUGUUCGACCAGCGGCUCAAGUCUACGGCAGCUAUGGUGAAGGUAUGGCGAGAACACAAACAAUGGAUCACCAACGUUCACAUGCAACGGGGGGGCGUGAGGGAGUUGGUUUCUGGAAGUCGAAAUGGAGAAAUUCGAUUGUGGGAUUUGCGUAUGAAUAAUCCAAUCAAUAUGAUCCAAUCGACGAAAGAUACUCUCCGAACGUUGAGCGUUCACGAGCACGCGCCCGUGUUUACAGUUGGAACCAAUCGACACGAAGUCAAGACAUUCAACGUCGACGGCACCUACCUAUCGAGCUUUGAGCCAUACUCGAGCUUUCUCCACCACAACCGCUCGUCCCCCAUCUCGGCGACAGCAUUUCAUCCACAUCGUACACUUCUUGCCUGCUCUGGCCUGCAGGAUAAUCACAUUAAUCUAGUGUCAUGCUAA